AUGACAUCUGGCGAGAGUUCACCCCCUACGUCCCCAACGCCCCCAACACCCCCAGAUGCCCCAAGACCGCCAGACCCGACUCCAAACUGCACCCAUAAUUGCGGUCCACUCGAGCAGGCCGGGGUAGACUGGCGCCACUGGACCUGUCGCUGCGGACAUGGAUAUUAUACCCCGAACCGAGUAUGGAUCUCGGGGUCCGACGUGCGCAAUGGGCGGCAACCACCAAGAGACCAGCAGCCUGCUGGAGACCGGUAG